UAUUGCGGAUACGCGGAUGGUUUCAUGUACAUUUUUGUCCAUCAGAAGGGUUUUACUGAGGUGCAAGACGUUUUUAUGGACACGUUGCGGCUUUCUUUAGUAGGAUUAUGAGCCAGGGAUAGGUUAUGAUAUAUUAUGCCGUGUAAAAAGAUUGAAUUUGUGGUGUCGGGUAUUAAGGUGUAACGCGUAAAGGCGGCGGCGCGCUGUGUUGUGUUGUGUUGUGUUGUGUUGUGUUGUAUUGUGGUGUAGUGUAGGCCACUGACGCCGACUUUAAUCUCCGAGGGCAAAAGUAAAGCUGUUUACAGAUCCGUUUAUUGCUAAGCCUGUGCGCUGUCUCGUCAGGAGCAAGGUGGGAAACAUGGCUGGAGAGAAAUUGGCCGUGACGCGAGCGCUGAGUGGAUUUGCGUGGCUGUGGCGCUGCCGUGGAAACUAAGGGCGACCGAGGCGCAGGUUUCCACCCGACACAUCCCUAAAGGAAAACUUUUCAUUUCGUUUUCUCUACAAACAUGGGCAAGGACGAGUGCAAAACCAUGCUGGACGCUUUAAACAAGGUAACGGCGUGCUACCGGCACCUCGUGUCCGCUUUAGGGAGCACGUCGGACUCGCAAAACCUGCGCGAGGAGCUGAAAAAGACGCGGCGGAAAGCGCAGGAGCUGGCUGCGGCGAACCGGACCAGACUGACCGCGCUGCUCAAAGACAAGAGCAUCAGCAAUGACGACCGCGCCGAGUACGAGCGCCUGUGGGUGCUCUUCACCAGCAGCAUGGAGAUCCUCGAGGUGGACAUGAGGAGGUCGUUGGAGAUCGGGCAGGAUUUCCCGCUCAAGGUGCCCACGCGCCACUUCAUCCAGACUGGCAUGACCGGCAGCACGAGCACUGUGGCGGCCCGGGCCAUGAGCAUGCAGAACAUGAAAUACGAAGCGGACGCGGGCAUCGACACGGCCGAUCUGAAAGACCUGGAAGCCGAGAUCGCUCAGCUCGAUCAGAUGAUGGAGGAGAUGGAGAUGAAGGUGCAGGUGGCGCCGUGGGCGGUGGAGGCCAAGCAGGAAGCCGGAGCCGAACUCAAAUCCACAGUCAGUGUGGGAAACUCAUCCGUCGGUGUCAUUUCCAUCUGCGACGAGGAACCCAAAGACGGGGCCGAAGGUGAAGCUGGUGUUAUGAGGAUCUUCGCGGGCAUCAUUUUCACUAUGGUUUUACUCAUUGCAGGCAUUCUGGGAUAUCUGGUCGUCAAUCUUUGAAGUAGGAUCUUCUUAAGGCUGUGUGAACACUAAAAGAACAACAAAACAAAAACUGUGACCUGCUGGAUUUAUUCUAACCUACAUAUUCACCUGCCAGUGUGUGUGUGUGUGUGUGUGUGUGUGUGUGUGUGUGGCUUGGACCUGAAAAACACAUUCAGUAGCAGUGUUUCAUGAAUCAGAGGCUGAACUGAUUACUUUUGUGGAUAUAAUGUAUCCAUGGGCCACAGUAUUAGUACACUGUUACACCAACAACCUGGCUGUAAAUUUUUACAGUAAAUUAUAAAGUACUGUAAAAUCUACAGUAAACAACUGUAAAACAUUUACAGUGAUAGCUUACGUAGUAUAAAACAACACAUCAUCCAGUAGGCUACAUUUGCUCGUUUGGCUGAUGGUGUGUGUGUGUGGGGGGGGGUUCACUUACAAUCGGUGCAGGAUGGGAUUUGAACAUACAACCGUCUAACCCGUAACCGUAAACUCUGAGCUCAGCUAACUUGCUUUGAAUCAAUAUAAUCUUAUUGAGCUAUGGUGUCUCAGUGGUUAAGGUCAUGUGUUCAAAUUCCAGUACUGUCAAUCUGUCAUGUUUGGUUCCUUAAGUAAGAUCCUUAACCUUCAGCUCAGUUUAAUCUUGCAUCAGUUGUAAAUUUAGCAGCCAUUAAAUGACCAUAUGUACUGGAUUAUGUGUUAUCUUAUACUAGGUAAUUCACUGUAAACAUCUUUUACAGUUGUUUACUGUAAAUCUCAGUACUUUUCUGGCAACCCUGCUGCCACUAAAUUACUGUCAAAUUUACAGCCAUUCUCUCUCUCUCUUUUUUUUUUCUUUCUUUUUUUUUUUUUACAGUGAUAUGUUACAGAGAAGAAUUGGUAAGCAAAAGACAAACUGAGAUGAUGUAGCAUAUUUAUUGGUCGUUUCCGUGAGUGAAAUACCAUCAGAUCAGGCCAGGCUCUCUAUCAGGGCUCUUGAGAAUCGUUGCGGAGAUUUCAUGUACAGCAACAUUGAGAAAGCAUGUUUUUUUUUUUUUUCUUAAGGGAUAUUAAAGAAACUGGUUCUAAUAGUUCCAGCUGGCUGAAAUGAGAAAUCUGAUUGCAGUCUAAUCCUGUUAGUUUAACCUGAACUAGAACAGUAC